AUGAGCGAAGGGUUAGAGGCGUUUGUAAAAUGGUGUAACAGCAGAGGAUAUAAAUUCAAUGGCCUGGAGAUCGUCAGACCACCAGGGGUUGUACUUGAUCUUCUCUGGAAGGUAACUGCAUGUUUUAGGACUGCGGACACGGAAUCUUCGUGAAGCAGAACUUCCGAGCCGAAGACGUGAUGAUUCAAAUUCCAGAAACCGAGAUGAUCACUGCUGGAGCCGUCGCCGACUUGCCGCGCUAUUCUAAGAUACUUGCGCAAGCCGAGUAGACAUAAAUAGUCUUAGAACUAGUCUCAAUUUUUUUUCUAGUAAUUUGCUGACUCCGAUGGAGAUCCUAACUAUGUUCUUCUGUUUGGAAGAGAUCGGCGAGUCUCCUUGGACGCCAUACCUGCGCGUUCUACCCAAGGUAACCGGAGAAAAAUUCGUCUCUGAACUUCAAUUCAGAGCUUCGACACCCCUUCAUAUCAAAAGAGAGACUUUGAUCCGAAGACAUUACCGCUUUCUGUGAGAUCCUAUUGGGAGAAUCAAAAAAAAGAAAUUCACAGCAUAACUAAUAAGGUGAACGCGUCGCUUAAUUGAAUAGGUCGUUUUUUGUAGCUGAUCAAAUUGUGUCCGGAAGUUGAUUCCGAAAGAAUUCUUUGGGCUUGGCACGUGGUCAACACACGAUGCAUCUUUGUGGAGAACUCAGAGCACGAAAUGGUGGACAACACCGACGGAGGUUUCAUAACUUGAACAUCUUCUUGGAGCUUCUUCUUUCAGAUACAAUUGCCGUGAUUCCUUUCGUUGAUAUGCUCAACCAUCAGCCAACUUCUUUUCAGGUACAUCUUUUCUCUCGCAUUUUAGCUCACAAUAUCAGACUUGAAGAUUCAGGCGUAGACUGACUUUUCUAAAAAAAAAAAACGGAAAAAUCCGAUAAAAAAGAGUCAAGGUUCUUUCUCUGUUAUUUUACACAGCUCGUGCGGCUUCGAAAGAUAAAAAUAGUACAUUUACUGGUCAAUCGGCGUUAGAUAAUCGGUGGUCGUUUUUCAGCUACAGGGUAGCAGCUCUAUGGCAGCUGGACCCAGGUACCAUGGAGGAUAGUACCAAGAUACCAUCGCUACCUCUCUUUUUGCAGUGUUUGCUAAUGAGAUCUUGGCACGGUUCACAAAAACACUGUUGUUAGGUAAACGAUCACCGACUAGCUAAUGCCGAUAGAAAUAAAGUAAGCACACGGUAGCUUCUUGUAUCCUCUUCCCGAUCGACCUAUGUUAGCAUUUCACUGACUUGACUAAUAAUCAUUAUAAGGGAGUUCAGGGAAUAGCGAAGCAUGAGCGAGUGAACGGCACUUACGUAGUGCGUGCAACGCGUACAGUAGUCGAAGGAUCUGAGCUUUUUGUAUGUUACGGACCUCAUGAGAAUGCGCGGCUACUGAUCGAGUACGGAUUCACACUCAAAAACAACCCCUACGGCAAGGUGUUCAUUCCACAUGGUUUUUUAUUCUGCUUUGAUUUUUCUCAACACUUCUUUCGCAGACGUACUUUUCACCCUAGCACGCAUCGCGGGAAUACAAGUUACUCGUGAGCAUGAGCGAAUUAUACAAGAAAUUAACCUACCUAGGUUAAGGAAGAUACGAAUUUCUCCAUCAAAACCUUGAUUUCAGUCACCUUUAUGCGACAGACGAGGGUCCCAGUUGGGCUUUAAGGAACAAUAUACGAGUUCUUCUGCUUGACCAUGAACAAAUGUUGGGAACUCCGCAUUAACAUCAAACCUAGAGAAUUAUUUAAGGAAAGAUGCGAAAUGGAAAGCCAUAAUUUAUUCUCAUGAUCCGAUAGAAGACGAAGUCGAUGAACUCAUCGAGGAUAAGCUGAAGAUCAUUAUUCGAGAAUUGCGAGAUGGAAUAGCUGCGAAAACUCAAAAGGUAAAUUUCUCAAUUUAUUUAAACGGACUUGACAUCACACAAUUUUGAAUAAAUCACUAAUCAGCAAAUUUGGUUAGUCCACUGAUUAAUUCCAUACGAAAAACCGGCGUUUUUGAGCAUUAUUUGAGAUUAUUUGAUUGAAAAAAGUUUUUUUCGCGGUAAGAACUUGAGGUAACUUUUUGUGCCGAUGCCGUGAAAUAUGAUGAAAGGGAUUCGUGAUAAGAAAGCUGUAAUGGGUCUUUUUUUGGUUUUCGCAGUUUUCAAAUCAAAUUAAUGUUUCAGAUUUCUGAUGACGUAAAGUGGAUGUGGGAGGAACAAGUUUUGAUAUGCGAUACAGCAUUGAAAUCGUUCGAGCAAGAUGAAUAA